UUAAGGGUUGAUUUUAAAGGAACUCCAGAAGUAUGUACCAACCCACUUGGUGUCGACAGGGACGUCCCUGGUGUCGAGAACAGAGGAAUCUCAGACCCUCAGAUGACGUCAUCGUCCUCAACAGACAGUUCCCAUGGUGCAUCGCGAGGUCGUCUGUAUGGCAAAUCUGCAUGGUGCAGUGCAACAUCUUCGAACACCGAAUACAUACAGGUUGACCUGGGUCGAGUGAAGACUGUCACAGGAAUAGCAACACAGGGAUACYCAUCGAAGGACAAGURGGUGACAUCAUACAAUCUUAUUUACUCUAUAAAUCGUGGCUUAUGGCUUAAUUAUACAGAACAAGAUAUUGCAAAGGUCUUCACUGGAAACACCAACAAACAUGACGUCAUAGUUAAUUGGCUGCGUCGACCAAUAGCAGCGCGUUACGUUAGAAUAAUUCCCCAGAAAAACAAAGGCGGAAAUUGCAUGCGUCUUGACCUGUAUGGAUGUGACUUUGUAAAAAUAUAUAAAGCUGCGAUCAGUACCAAUAACAUCACAUUACCAAGCACCAAAGGAAGUUAUCAAACAGUGAAGUGCACAAUUAUCGGCGAAACAUCGCCAACUAUUCAAUGGUUUCGUAAUGGUUCAACAAAAAUCCCAGGAGCAACAAAUAAUUCUCUCAAGGUGGAAUUUAUCUCCGCCCAGAACAUUAUAUCUAAAUACAAAUGCAGUAGAAAAGAUUCCAACUUGAGGCCUGUUGUCUGCAACAUAAACUACACCUGUAGAGCUGUUCUCCCAGUGGAUGCACGGAGCGUUGCUCCAGCUGAAGCAACGGCUCAACUGACUGUCCACCUAAAUGUUCCAGAUMAACAGUUCUUUUCUGUUACUUCGGGGAACAGAUCAUUAACGAUAAACUGGAGUCCUGCUGUACAAUUAGACGACGUGGGUAUCAUUAUUGGGUACACAAUCAAAUUGGAUGGCAAAGAAGCACAAAUGAGAUCUAACAAGACGCAACAUACAUUUACUGGACUUAAACCAUACACUAACUACACACUUCAAAUGAAAGCAACUAGUGUGGCUGGUGAGGGAUUGUGGAGCGACGUCAAAACAGCAGCUACACUGAUAGCAAAGCCAGAAGUAAAACCAAGCGUAUCUGCAAGUGGAACAUCAUCAAAAACCAUUGAAGUAACAUGGGAGCUGCGUGCGGCCAAAGUCAACGGACCUAUGGCUGGUUUUAGAAUUACAUACACCGAUGCCCUAGGCAACACAAACACAAAACAAGUUCCAAACAUCAGAAGAACUGUACUGAACAGCUUGAAGAAGUGGACGACAUACAAUAUAACUGUGUCAAUUUGGAAUUCAAGAUAUUAUGGUCCGGAAAGCAACAUUGUAUCUGAAAGAACACAUGAGGAUGCGCCUGAUUGCUCUCCAAAACUUCAAUCAGUCAUGGUCCUGUCUUCCACAAGUAUCCGUGCGGUAUGGGACCCACUGCCAAAUAACAAUUGCAGGAAUGGAGUUCUGAGGGGCUACAAAGUCUUAUACAGAAGACGUGGUGUCCGUAAUGCACAAAUGGUCGAUAUUGGUGCUGAUGUCCAUUUAAAGAUGAUAACAGGUCUUCAGAAGUAUACAACAUACAUAUUCUCAGUAGUCGCUUAUACUGUGAAAGACGGUGAGCCAAGUAACACAAUAAGAAGAAGGACAAAACAAGAUGCUCCUGAUUGUCGUCCAAAACUUAAAUCAGUCAAGGUCCUGUCUUCGACAAGCGUCCGGGUGAAAUGGCACCAACUGCCAAAUACCAAUUGCAGGAAUGGAGUUCUGAGAGGCUACAAAGUCUUUUAUAAGAGAUAUGGCCUCCGUAGUGCACAAAUGGCCAAUAUUGGUGCCCAUGUCCAUUCAAAGGAGAUAAGAAAUCUUCAGAAGUUUACAACGUACACAUUCUCGGUAGUUGCAUAUACUGUYAAGGACAGCAAACCAAGUAAUGCAAUAAAAAAGACAACAUUACAAGAUGCCCCCGAUUGUCGUCCAAAACUGAAAUCAGUCAAGGCCCUGUCUUCUACAAGUAUCCGAGUGACAUGGGACCCACUGCCAAGUACCAGUUGCAGGAAUGGAGUUCUGAGAGGCUACAAAGUCUUUUAUAGGAGAUAUGGUGUCCGUAAUGCAAAAAUGGCCAAUAUUGGUGCUUAUUUCAAUUCAACGGUGAUAAGAGAUCUUCAGAAGUAUACAACAUAUAUAUUCUCAGUAGUCGCUUAUACUAUAAAGAACAGUAAACCAAGUAACGCAAUAAGCAGGAGGACACUUGAAGAUGCCCCCGAUUGUCCUCCUAAGUUGAAAUCAGCCAAUGCCCUGUCUUCUAAAAGUAUCCGAGUGACAUGGGACCCACCGCCAAAUACCACUUGCAGGAAUGGAAUUCUGAGAGGCUACAAAGUCUUAUACAGGAGACAUGGUGCCCGAGCUGCACAAAUGGCCAAUACUGGUGCUCAUUUCAAUUCGAUGGUGAUAAAAGAUCUUCAGAAGUAUACAACGUAUAUAAUCAGCGUUGUUGCAUAUACUAUCAAAGACAGUAAACCAAGUACCGCAAUAAACAGAAGGACACUUCAAGACGCUCCCUCUGUACCCCUUAAUGACAAAGCGAAGCUUAUCCAACCCAAUGACAAGUUUCGUAUACCACGUGUGCAAGUCACGUGGGAAAAACCAUCACAUGAUAAUGGCAUCAUCACAAGUUACACACUUGUGUAUCGCUAUGAUAACGAUACAUCCAAUCAUGUAAAUAUAACUGAUAUAUCGUCGUUGGUAUAUACACUGGAUGUACUUGGUCAAGCAAGGUUUUGGUUUAAGAUGAGCGCGACUACGAUCAAAGAAGGACCUUAUACCACUAUCAAUAGCCUUUGGAUCCCUGCCUACGCUCCACAUGUAGCGCCACAAGGUAUAAAAGUGACAAAGAAAAACGAAACGACCUUCAUAAUCGCCUGGAAACCGUUACGCAGGAACGAGGCCAAUGGCAUCAUAACAAAGUACAAAAUUUCUUGGAAUUUAAGACACAUAGGACGAGCUAAGAGAAUGGCAGUUACAGACUCCUUCACUAGAACAGCACAGGGAAACCAAUAUGUUUUAUACAAUCUAAGACGUUGUGCGCAGUAUGAAGUUCGUGUAGCAGCUGCAACGGUUGCGGGAUUGGGUCCAAAUGCUACUCACAAUAUUACAACAUCAAAACCAGGUGCACCUCACAAUUUAGAGUCACGUGGAAUAGGUAAAGCAUUUAUUACCUUGUCAUGGAGGAAGCCAAAAGCCAUGAUAACAARGGUUAAAAGCUACAAGAUUAAUUUCAAAGGUUCAAAGUCAUACUGGCCUGUCUACAGUUCCCCAAUUAAAACUAAAAUCCAAGAUGGUAACCAAACAACAAUUAAGAUUGGUGACUUGCAGCCAGGGACAUACUAUAAAUUUUGGGUAAUAGCGUUGACAGUUUGUGGUGAAAGCAACAGGAGUUUGACAGUAACAGAGGAAACAAAAGUGGACAAACCUCGUGCACCACAAUUUAKAGCUCCUAUGAAUYUUAAAGACAGUUUUAAUGUCACAUUAUGGACAUUCAAGCCCCACAAUGGACCAAUUAGCUCGUACCAGGUGAUUGUGAUCAGCGGCAGAAAUAAAUCCAUGACCGAAAUACCAGAAAACCUUAGCAAUUACRAAAAGGCUAAAGAAAAUGACAAAGUAAUGUACGUCACAGCCGAGCUUACACCAUUCCAGAUAAAUACUACAAGAAUGUUUUUCAUCGGUGACAAUCAAAUGUAUGGAACAUACAAAAAUGUGGCUUUGGGUAAAGGUCAGGUUUACACCAUAGCUGAGAGAGCAAUCACAAGAUAUAAAGGAAAAGUCUACGUGAGUGACCCAGUCCAUAUCGCAACAAUCGAACUCAGUGCAGAAUUAAUGAAAAAGCUGGAAGAAUCCAAGAGUACUUCUUCUAGUGAUGUGGCCAUAGGAGUCGUAGUAUCCCUACUUGUAAUUGUUGUUAUAAUAGCUCUUUUGGGCUUCAAAUACAAAAGGAGACGCGAUACAAAGAACGACUGGCUAUGA